CACGCGAGCAGGGAGUCCGAUCGCUAAGCCACGCCUUCACGGCGAGCAACAACUGAGCAACACCCCAUCAACACACUUCCUCGCUCAACAUCCCCUGCUCGCAGAAAGUCGGUCACUGCUACCUCGCUGUCUUCAACCCACGCUCACUACCGUAGCCUGCAGAGAACGUCUGGAAGCUGAACAAUAUCCGCUUUUGCAACCGGCAGCUCGCUAGAUCUUUCACAAUGUUCUGUGCUCUAUCGGGAGAAUCGCCCGUGGAGCCUGUGGUCUCGCAAAAGUCCGGAAACAUCUACGAGAAACGGCUGAUUCUCAAGUACAUCUCCGAAAAUGGCCGUGACCCCGUGAGUGGCGAGGAGCUUACCGCUGAUGAUCUGUUAACCAUCAAGCUCUCAACAAAAUUCGUGAAACCACGACCGCCAGCAGCGACUUCCAUUCCCAACCUUCUGAUCUCGCUUCAAAACGAAUGGGAUGCGGUGAUGCUUGAAACAUAUCAGCUCAAACAACAAUACCAUGCCGCACGACAGGAACUCUCGAACGCUCUUUACGAGAACGACGCUGCGAAGCGAGUGAUUUCCAGACUGGUGAGGGAGCGGGACGAGGCCCGUGCUGCCUUGGCUUCCGUCCAGACCACCUACGCCGCUCCACCCGCGACGGUGGCGAACGGUGGGGACCAGAUGGAUGUGGAUGAACCUAGCAACGAUGGUGCGGCUUUGUUGGAGCAGGCACAUCAGAAGUUGCAGGCCACGUCCGACUCAUUGUCGACCGUGCGGAAGAAGAGGAAGCCCGCUGCGAUGUGCGCGAAGCCGGACGAUGUGAAGGGUUACGCACAGAUUGGCGAGGGGAUCAAGAUCAAGGGUGCCACCAAAGGGGUGUCGGCUACCGACGUCUUUUCUGGAAAGGUCGCAGGCGUGGACCGGGAGCUUGUCAUUGUCGGAGACAAGGCGGGACAUGUCAACAUUCUUGACAGAGCCCAGGAUAACAAACUCACCACGUCUCACGUUGCCGCUCACAAGAGUGCGAUCAACGAUGUUGUGUUUGCUGGAAAGGACGACUCGUUGCACUUCUUGACUGCGGGUGCCGACAAGACCAUCAAGUACUUCCAGGUGGAGAUUACUGGCGACGACGAUUAUUCUGUCGGUGCCGCAAAGUGGGUCAACAAGACUCACACGGCGGCUGUUACCGCGCUGAGCUUGCAUCCUUCUGGAGAUUACUUCAUUUCAGCCGGAGCCGACGCUACAUGGGCCUUCAACGAUAUUCACACUGGGCAGACGUUGUCGUCCGUUUCUCAAUCGGGCAAAAUUGGAGGUUUCGUAUCCGCCCAAAUCCACCCGGACGGCCUGAUCCUCGCCACAGGCGGCAGCGACUCGAUCGUCCGCCUCUGGGACAUCCGCUCGCAAACCAACGUGCGCGAUUUCGAAGCGCACACCGGCAAAGUCACCGGCAUCUCCUUCUCCGAGAACGGAUACUACCUCGCCACCUCGUCCGACACCGAGUCCGUCGUGCAGCUGUGGGAUUUGCGGAAGUUGGUCAACUUCAAGUCCCUGCAGAUUGAGGAUGCCAAGACUACGGGUGUGAGCAAAGUGCGGUUUGAUUACAGUGGGCAGUUUUUGGCGGCGGCUUGUGGUGAUGAAUUAAGGAUCUACCUCGCCAAAAAAUGGGAUCAGCUCGCCAACCUCGCCACCCACGGCAGCAGCCACCUCACAGACAUCAAGUUCGGCCCAGACGCAAAAUACAUUGUCAGCACCUCCGCGGACGGGAAGGUGUUUGUUGACGGGCUUUCCGCGUAAGGCACAUAGCUUGAGUACCUGCAUGUCGUGAUAUUAGCGAGAAACCCUGUAUGUAUUUUGUAUAGUAGCGAGGAAUGAUAUGGGCAUGUCAAUUAGAUCGUCUAUGGCUAUUUUCUGUGAUUUAUGU